CUCCACCCACAAACACGUGACAACCAGCCAAUCAAAGCAGACGUGCUCUUCAUCCAUGGGAUCCUCGGAGCAGCUUUUAAGACGUGGAGGCAGAAGGACCGCGAUACUUCAGAGGAAGAGAAGGAUGCAGAAGGAGAGGAUAAUUACACAGAGUGCUGGCCAAAGUCAUGGUUGGCUGCUGAUUGUCCAAAUCUCAGAAUUCUAUCAGUGGAGUAUGACAGUCACCUCAGUGAUUGGAUGGCCAAGUGUCCUGUUGAGAAUCAGAGGAAGUCGUUGGCCUACAGAAGUCGAGAGCUCCUAAAGAAGUUAAAGCUUGCAGGAGUAGGAGAGAGGCCUGUGGUCUGGGUGGCCCACAGUAUGGGAGGGUUGCUUGUGAAGAAAAUGCUCCUGGAUGCUGUAGAUGACCCUGAUAUGCAUGGACUGUUAAAGAACACAAAGGGCAUUUUGUUCUAUAGUGUUCCUCACCAUGGCACCUUCAUGGCAGAAUACUCAGUCAAUGUCAGAUAUCUCCUCUUCCCCUCUGUAGAAGUUAGAGAACUUUGUAAAGAUUCGCCAGCACUGCGUGACCUAAACGAGAACUUCCUGAACAUGGCCAGAGAAAAGGAAAUCAAGGUGCUGAGCUUCGCAGAGACGCUGCCGACAAACAUCGGUCCCAUGAUCAAGAUACUGGUGGUACCUACACAGUCAGCAAGUCUUGGCAUCGGGGAGCUCAUCAAGGUUGACGUAGAUCAUCUCAACAUCUGUAAACCAGAGAAGAAGGACUCCUUUCUGUACAAGCGAAGUCUCCAGUUUAUCCAGGAAGCACUGCAGAGUUACAUCAGCCACUGAUUGAAUACUUGAACGUCAUCGCACUAAUAUGACCUACUGUAUACUUGAAAGGGUGGAUAGCAGUCACUUUCCUGACACCAAACAGAUUAGAAAAAUAAUUCUGUGUUACACAUUUACAAAAACAACCGCUGAUGUGAUAGAAGUAAAUGGACUUGAGCUUAUAUAGCGCUUUUCUAGUCUUCUGACUACUCAAAGCGCUUUUACACUGCAUGUCACAUCUACACAUUCACACACUGAUGGUAGUGAUCGCUAUGUAGAAUCAUCCAUCAGAAGUAACUAAUCCCAUUCAUACACCACCAACUGAAGCAGCGGGAGCAAUUCAGGGUUAUGUGUCUUGCCCAAGGACACAUCGGACAUGUCGCUCAGCUGGGGAUCGAACCCUCGACCUUCCGGUUGAGAGGCAACGACUCAGCCACCCCAAAAGUAACAGUAAAAUUAGGGGAAUUAAAUUAAAUUUGUUUUACACAUUGAUUUCUGUGAAGAUUUGUCACUUGUGAUGAAAGAGACCAGAGUUCUUAGUUUGUUCUUCACAAGUCAGUAGUUUUAAAAAUGAUUUACAGUAAAUUGUGAAGAUCGGCGUCAUCGUGGUCGUGCGAGCUUCACAUGUGGUUGAUAAUGCUAAUACUAUAUGUACUAACAUCUAUGGCAUGUCAUUGCCGCUCAUGUUCCGCAGUGUUUUUGAAGAGAACAAUGAUUUUUUUUUUUUUAAAUGUAUAUGUAUUUAUGUAUUUUAUUACAUGUACAGUAUGAAAGUCAUUAUGUCACUCACAACAUAUUCCUUUCCAAACCUUACCUCGAAUGGACGUGUAAAAAUAUGUGUUCUGGACUCAGGUUGCUUUAUUUAUAUUUUUGAUCCUAAUCCAGCAGUUGGACUCUUAUGUAUUUGUCGUCCAAAUUGCCAAUAGCAAAGCUAACAUUUAAUAAUAAUAAAAAAAAAAGACUUAAAGGUUUAAUAUGAA